AUGUCCACUGCCAACGCCGGCGCGCGUCCGGUCCCUCCAAAGACCGGGCCUCGUGCCCCUCCGGUGGGACGUUUGGCGAGCUUGAAAAGUUCCCAUCCUACGCCCAUCAAGCGUCCCCAGGCGCCAGCACGUCCACAGGGCCCCAAGCCGCCGACGCACCCGAAGACAAACACCUGCCCGAAUCCUAGCUGUCCUGCCCCUAAUAUUGUUGAGGAUGAGGGCCAGAAGGUGUGUUCCGGGUGCGGUACAGUCAUCAGUGAAGCCAACAUUGUCUCCGAAGUCACGUUCGGCGAAACCGCGUCAGGUGCAGCCAUCGUCCAAGGAACAUUCGUUGGAGCUGAUCAGACUCAUACACGCAGCUAUGGCCCGGGGUACCAGCGGGGAGGAGGCAUGGAGAGUCGCGAGAUCACCGAACAAAAUGGUAAUCGAUACAUCCAGCAGCUCUCCCGUGCGCUGUACAUUCCAGAAAGCGCCACAAAGGCAGCUAGUCAAAUCUUUAAGCUUGCUGUGGGAUUGAAUUUCAUCCAGGGUCGUCGUACCAAAACCGUUGCCGCAGUGUGUCUCUACAUUGCCUGUCGACGCCAGGAAGGAAAUACGGUCAUGCUCAUCGACUUUGCUGACGUAUUGAUGAUUAAUGUCUUUAAACUCGGCCGUGCUUACAAGGCGCUACUGGACGAACUCCGUCUGGGAGGAACCGUCUUCCUUAUGAAUCCAAUCGAUCCAGAGAGCUUGAUAUACCGGUUUGCUAAGCAGCUGGAGUUCGGAUCAGCCACCAUGCAAGUGGCUAGUGAAGCUGUUCGGAUCGUGCAGCGAAUGAACCGAGAUUGGAUGACUACAGGGAGACGGCCCGCCGGUAUCUGCGGUGCUGCCCUGAUUCUCGCGGCACGAAUGAAUAACUUCCGUCGCACUGUCCGCGAAGUGGUCUAUGUCGUCAAGGUGACGGAGAUCACGAUCAACCAGCGUUUGAACGAAUUUAGCUCCACCGAGAGCGGUGACUUAACUGUCGACCAAUUUCGCUCUGUACACUUGGAGAACGCUCACGACCCGCCUUCCUUCACCCAGGCCAGAGAGGGAAAGGGGAAAUAUCGGAAGAGGAAGGCACCAGAGACUGCCGCAGAAAUAGAGGGCAACCAGAACUCCACGGAGACCUCUCAACCACCAGAAAAGAAGAAGCGUGUCGACGCCGAUGGCUUUGUCAUACCUGAUCCACCCAUCGACCCUGCGCUGCUAAACAACAAACCCUCGGCCACUCCUGUCGAUGAAACGGCUCCUGAAGAAGGACAAAAUGGCAUGCCAACGCCAGAGUCCUCCGUCAGCGAGGACGGUACGAAACCCAAACGCGGCCGACCGAAGAGAACGGCGCCAGCCCCGCCAACUGCUGAGGAACUUGCCUCCGAAGAAGCGCUAGAAAACGAGAUGAAUGAGUUGUUGUCGAAAGGCUCCGAUAUGGUCGAAAGCGCCAUCGCCCCAUCGCAAGCUCCCGUCCGGAAACCAGUACCUGAAAGCGAAGAGAUUGAUGCUGCGGAAUUCGAAGAUGAUCCCGAAGUUGCGAAUUGUCUCCUUUCGCCAGCAGAAGUGGAGAUCAAGGAGCGGAUCUGGGUCCAUGAGAAUAAGGACUAUUUGCGGACCCAGCAGGCUAAAGCACUCAAGCUCGCGUUGUCGCAGGCCUCCGCACCAGGUGUGCCCGCGAAGCCUCGUAAGCGACGCAAAGGCCGAUUGGGUGAUGUCACAUACCUCGAGGGUGAAGAGGGCGAGGAUGGAAGGAGCAGUCGAGCAUCGACUCCUGCCGAGGCGACAAGGAGGAUGCUCGAAAAGCGCGGGUUUAGUAGGAAGAUCAAUUAUCGACUGCUGGAGUCUCUGUACGGCGAGGAAGGCGCGCAGGAAGCCGCGAAAGCGAAGGCAGAGAGCGCAAGCAGGAGCAGCAGAAGCCAGAGUAUCGCCUCUCGGCGUAGCCUUAGUGUUGAGCCAACACCACCCGGCCCAACUACGACAAAACCUGCCGUCCCGUCCACGGCGACUGCGGCUGCAAGGGAUACCUCAGACGCGCCAAAGGAGGAAAUCCUCGGUCCCGUUCCUGAAUCAGACCGACCCAACGGGGACAAACCCUCAGCUUAUCCCGAUGAAGAGGAGGGCGAUGACCUGGAUGACUUGGAUGACGAGGACGACGCUGGCGAUGACUACGAUGAAGGGGACGAUCCCGAUGGCAUCGAGGCGGCGUUUGCUGGUAGGUAUAGCUACGCCGACGACGACUACUAUGACGAAGGGAGCGAUUAUGAUUAG